UGUGUCUGAACAGGUAAUAUUGGGGGGCGAGGAGAGCUUUCCGCCCACACGGUGUGCGCCAGCCCGUCCGUCCUUCGUAAUUGUCAGAUUCUGGUGUCAGACUCCUUUGCUCUGCCUUCAGUUUCAGGUUCCGAUCUUCGGCUACUCCUGGAGCAGCUGUCCAGCCCCUGCUUUUCAGCCCAUGGAUUCUUCAUCUAGCGUUUCUUCCUACUCUCUCCGUUCCUCUUUUUCCAUCUCCCCAGUGAACAGUGACUUUGGCUCCCCCUCGGAUAGUGAGGUGGAGGACCGAGGGGCCCAGGGCCCCAGGCCAGACACUGUUGGGCAGAAGGGAGGUCGUGGGCCCAGCCCGGGUCCUAUCCGAUGCAGGCAACGGCCCAAGGUUUCCAGUAAUCAACGUUCAGCAUCUCACUUGGAACAGCGGGGCUUGCCUUCUCCUGUGGCAGCAUCUGGGGUGAAAAGAUCAAGGGAUGAUGAGCUGGAGGCAGGUCUAAAUACUGAGAGUUGUAGCACAGAAGGAGACCUGCUCUUUGCCCAGAAGUGUAAAGAGCUCCAAGGAUUCAUUCGCCCUCUCACAGACCUUCUGAAUGGGCUGAAGAUGGGUCGCUUUGAGAGAGGGUUGAGCAGCUUUCAGCAGAGCGUGGCGAUGGACAGAAUCCAGCGGAUUGUAGGUGUUCUGCAGAAGCCACAGAUGGGGGAGCGUUAUCUGGGAACCCUGAUCCAGGUGGAGGGGAUGCUGAAGACUUGGUUUCCCCAUAUAGCUGCCCAGAAGUCACCACUGGGGAGCAGCAGGCAGCAGCUGGCCAAGCAUUUUCCAAGCCACCAUAGUUACCCAGCUGCUUCCUCUCCUGACCCUCCCGUGGAGAAGGUGGAGCAGACUCAGCUCGGACACAUAGUGUUGAAACCACAGCAGCCGUGGCGCCUCGCUGAGUGGCCAGUGAUGAACCUCACUUGGAUCCACGCUAGCCCGAUCUGCAACCCCCCUCUCAGCUCCCCGGGGACCAUCUCCAUCAGCCACGGCCCUUUAGACACUGGAGCCAGCAUCGGCGUCGUCCUUUUCCUCCAGCCUGGAGGGCGGCCCUUCACCCACUCAGCCCCGGCCACGCCUGUCCUGCCCCCUGCAGCGUCGCCUGUCACCCCCGCUGGCCCUGAUACCCUGUCCGGAGAAGAGUCUCGCAGCCGCAGCUUGCCAGCGACCCUGCCCUCGGACUGGAGCGGCCCCCGGCCUCCCCCUGGCCCACUGGCUGCAGCCAGUGAGGGGACGACAGGGCGCCUGGUGCCGAGGAGAAGCCACCUGCAGGUGCUCCUGCCAGCCGUCUCCUCGAGCCCUGAGCAGCCUCAGGCGGCGGUGUCUAGCUGGUGUAAAUAGCGCGCGCUCUCUCUAUCUCUUUUUUACUUUUGUGUGCGUUUGUGUUGAGGGAAGAGAAAUC